GGGCUGUCGGUUAGACAGCUGCUUACACACAUACCCAGAGAAGAGACUUCCUCCUUCGGCAGGGCAGUGUGCGUUUGGCAGGAGAGGAAUACACCCGGAGACCCGCAUACUGCCGCCCCUGCCCCGCACCAUGCACACUGCGCGAUGAGCCGGCAGGCGGCGUGACUCCCGCGGACCGAUGGAUCGCGCGCCGAAUGUCACCGCGGCCGGAGUCGGGGGUCGCGGGCUGUGGAACGUGGAGUACCUUAUUACCUGCUUCGCCGAUGACAAAGUCUGUGUGUCCUUCGGCCUGUGGCUCCUGUCCUGCUCGUUCUGGUUCACCUCCAGCUCCCUGCAUUUCUACUUAAAAUGCAAGAGAAAAUCUACGUACAAUGAAUAUGUGUUUUGGGACAUUUAUAGCUUUUUUGGUUCCAUGUGUAAUACAAUUGGCGCCCUCUUGUCCAAGCAACUUACCAUCCAGGUUAUUACUGGAGCUUAUAUGGCAUUAGCAGAUAUCAUUCAUUUUAUACUCACUCUCUUUCCUGUCCGUAAUUCCAGACACAGAUUAAGAUCUGAUCGACGAAACUCUGGAAAAAAGAAGAACCAUCAACCCAUACUAUCUGCGCUGUCGGUUUCAUUAUUCCUGGGAUUUGGAUGUUAUGCUCUUAGACAGAAUGAAUAUCCAUACUACACAGUGUCUCACGCUCCACAAAGGAGACUGCUCGGGACUGCACUGCAGGAAAGUACAGAUAUUGUGGGAUUCACACUUGGAAUAAUUGCCGUUAUUGUGUCGUGGACCGUCAGGGUGCCCAUCAUAACAAAAGUAUGCAGGGGGUUGGUAUUCCCACUUCUGCAGAUCUGGGCAAUUAUCUUCUCUGCUUUGGCCAGCAUCAUGUAUACUGCAGCCAUCAUGUCUCACGACCGCAAUCCAGAAUACUUUGUAAGAGCAAUUCCUUGGUUCCUCAUCUCCAUGGGCGCUGCUGCUAUGGAUGUUGCCCUUGCAAUUCUGUCCUGCAUGAUGAAAAACAGGGUGUUGCAUCAAAUGGGGUUUGUAGUGGAAGAGAUGAAUGAUACGGACACCUGUGAGCUUCUGGAACAGGGUGACAACGAGGAGCUGGCAGAUGGCAACCACAAGCCCAAUGACGAAGGGGACUCCAGCUGGGCACCCAUAAAAAUUGUCCCCAAAAGAAGCCUUAGCAACAGGUCCUCAAUCGAUAGCUGUGUGAAGCUGAGCAUCGAACCGGUGCAAGAGAAUGAGGUCGGUGUGGUGAGGUUGCCUGGUGAUGGACAGACCAGUCCUGGAGCUAUUUUCAACCAUGGGACCUGCUAUUACCCACACAUACCUGUGUGUCGCCCUGCACUGGUCACCAUAACCAAGGGAUCUUCUAGUUCCUCUGAGGUGUCCUCUACUAACUCUGAACUGGAGCAUUUCCAUCCUGGGACCACAGGUGAUGAUUCAAGGCACUUGCAAAAUGCAUUUAGGGAGAAAGCCCUGAUCCCCUCUGCCUCUCUAGAAUUGAAUUGCAGCAAAUGGGACUUUGAAGAUUUUAACCAGCAAUGGGAUUUUCCAGAUAUAAAUCCCAAUGAGAGUUCAGUCAUGAGUGCUGGUAUCGUGGCACCCUUGUUGGGCAGAAAGUAGAAAUACAGCUUCCAUGAGUUACCAAAAGCACUUCAGCUGAAAAGACUGUUUCAUUAACCCUAGAGAAGAACAUCUUAAUUUACUCAAGUUCUGUGGCAUCAUGGACCUCCGUAACACAAUAAAAAAUGAUGUAUUGCAA